AUAAGACACUUUUACACGAACAAGAUAAGACACUUUUACAUGAAGAUAAGGCACUUUUACACGAACAAGAUAAGACACUUUUACAUGAAGAUAAGGCACUUUUACACGAACAAGAUAAGACACUUUUACAUGAAGAAGAUAAGAUACUUUUACAUGAACAAAAUAAGGCACUUUUACAUGAAGAUAAGACACUUUUACACGAACAAGAUAAGACACUUUUACAUGAAGAUAAGGCACUUUUACACGAACAAGAUAAGACACUUUUACACGAACAAGAUAAGACACUUUUACAUGAAGAUAAGGCACUUUUACACGAACAAGAUAAGACACUUUUACAUGAAGAAGAUAAGAUACUUUUACAUGAACAAAAUAAGGCACUUUUACAUGAAGAACAUAAGACACUUUUACGUGAGGAACAUAAGACACUUUUACGUGAAGAACAUAAGACACUUUUACAUGAAGAUGAUAAGGCACUUUUACAUGAACAAAAUAAGACACUUUUAUAUGAAGAAGAUAAGACACUUUGUCCUCGUCUUCUUUAUUACAGAACGCCUUCAACAGUCUGUGAUUCUGUUUCAUGUAAAGGAUGA